AUGGCCAUACGCGCACCUGCGGACGAGCCACUUCUGCGUUCCCUCUUGCGCUUUUGCGGUCAUGCAGGUAUCUUUCUUGAGCUUUUGCAAUGGUAUGGAGAUAUUGAUCGGGAUGUUGGAAGCAUUAUAUUAGAAAAUUCUCCAAAGAAUGAAGUGAUGUAUUCUCCAAGUAUUCAAAAAGAUAUUAUAGAUGCUUGUGCUAAAGAAACAAUCAAAGCUAUCAUUGAAGACCUGGAUGGGGAUUUUUUCGGGAUACUAGUUGAUGAAUCAAAAGAUAUAUCACACAAGGAGCAAAUGGCACUUGUUUUGAGAUAUGUUAACAAGGAAGGCGAAGUAAUAGAGAGAUUUGUUGGUAUUGUUCAUGUUAGUAAUACAUCAACUAUGUCAUUAAAAAAGGCAAUCUGCUCCUUUCUUUCUGAUCACUCAAUAAGUCCAACGCAAAUACGUGGGCAAGGUUAUGAUGGGUCUAGUAACAUGCAGGGAGAGCUAAAUGGUAUUAAGACUUUGAUUAUGAAUGAGUCUCCAUCAGCAUAUUGCAUUCACUAUUUUGCUCACUAA